AAUAAGCAGAAGUGCUCUUCAUUCUGACCCUCUGCUUCCACUUGUAAAGAUCAGAGUUAGGAUUCUGCUAUGCUUUGUAAUGCCUGCAGGUUAGCUUUCCAUUGGAGUAGAAAAUAUAUUUCACUCCAAUAACUCCCGCUAGCGAGGAGCAGAAAGCUCGGCUCCCCUUACAAAUUUAAAAGGACAGCACCUGUGUUAUUCCCUUUCCAAGCAGCCCUAGCAGCACAGCAGCCGCCUGUAGCGGGAGUCAGCGAGGAGGGCUUAAAUGGCCCGGUGCACCUUUAAGUAGUGGUCCACGUGAGGCAGGCCGGCGCGCUCCUAUUGAUUGCAGCUCAGUGUUGACAAACGCAGCACUAGUGCUUUGCAGUCCGGAGCUGCGGCUCUAGUGAUGCUUAAGGGAUGCUGCUUUAAUUCAACGUCAGAUCAAGUUUGAUCAAUUUCCCCCUGCUGGCCCAAUUGGAAAAGCCUUAUUAACAAUCGGAUCUUUUUCUUCUUUCCAUCACCAUCUUUAGGGCAAAGUCCCAGCUUUUGUUGCCCCCACUGACUGAAUCUUUAUUAAUCGUCUAGCAAGCGUCUGCUUAAUGAACCUUACCAAUGAUGUUUUAAGCCAAAACAAGGGAUUUACUUUUGCAUUUUUCCUAGUCGUUUACAUGCUUUGGCUUAGCCAAUUUCGUUUAAGGAACUGAAUUCAGCGGGAGAAGGAAAUGGGGCAAACCGUUUUACAGACUGUGUUCCUAUUUGUAAUAAGCCUUGCUGGAGAAGCUUUGGGAGGAUUUCCUAGCGCAAUAAGUAUAGGGGGACUAUUCAUGAAAAAAACAGUUCAGGAACACAGUGCAUUUCGAUUUGCAGUGCAGUUAUACAACACAAACCUAAACAUGUCUGAAAAGCCCUUCCACAUCAAUUACCAUGUAGACCACCUAGAAUCCUCCAACAGCUUUUCUGUGACCCAUGCUUUUUGUUCACAGUUUUCCAGGGGAGUAUAUGCUAUUUUUGGGUUCUACGACAAGAAAUCUAUGAACACCCUAACAUCCUUUUGUGGGGCUCUACAUACAUCUUUUGUGACCCCAAGUUUUCCUACAGAUGCCGAUGUACAGUUUGUUAUUCAGAUGCGGCCGCCAUUAAAGGGUGCCAUUUUGAGUCUUAUUGAUCACUACAGAUGGGAUAGAUUUGUUUACUUGUAUGAUACAGACAGAGGAUAUUUCAUUCUACAAGCAAUUAUGGAAGCAGCAGUACAAAAUAACUGGCAAGUCACAGCUCGCUCAGUGGGAAGCAUUACUGAUGUGCAGGAAUUCAGACGAAUAAUAGAAGAAAUGGACAGAAGACAAGAAAGGAGAUAUUUAAUAGACUGUGAAGUAGAAAGAAUUAAUAUAAUUUUAGAGCAGGUGGUAGCACUGGGAAAGCAUACAAGAGGCUAUCAUUACAUGCUGGCUAAUCUGGGAUUUACUGAUAUUUCGUUAGAGAGGCUAAUGCAUGGAGGAACAAAUGUUACUGGAUUCCAGAUAGUAAAUGCUGAAAACCUAGUGGUUCAGCAGUUUAUGCAGCGAUGGGUCCGGCUGGAUGAAAGAGAAUUCCCUGAAACAAAGAACAGUCCACUAAAGUAUACUUCAGCACUCACCUAUGAUGCUGUACUGGUACUGGUUGACGCAUUCCGAUAUUUACGAAGACAGCGGGUGGAAGUUUCAAGGAGAAGUAAUGCAGGAGAUUGCUUAGCUAAUCCAGCUGUACCAUGGAGUCAAGGGAUUGAUAUUGAGCGAGCAUUAAAAAUGGUUCAAGUACAGGGAAUGACUGGAAAUGUACAGUUUGACAGCUAUGGAAGGAGAACAAAUUAUACUGUUGAUGUAUAUGAAAUGAAACCUAUGGGUUCUCGAAAGGUCGGCUACUGGAAUGAAUAUGAGAAAUUUGUCGCUGGAGUGGACCAGCCGCUUACAAAUGAAUCAGCAUCAGUUGAAAACAGAACAAUAGUAGUCACUACAAUUGUGGAAGCUCCGUAUGUUAUGAAGAAGAAAAACUUUGAACAACUAGAAGGAAAUGAUAGAUAUGAAGGGUACUGUGUGGACCUUGCAGCUGAAAUAGCAAAGCAUGUUGGCAUCAAAUACAGACUGGCAAUUGUUGAAGAUGGUAAAUAUGGAGCUAGAGACCCAGAAACAAAAAUUUGGAAUGGCAUGGUGGGUGAACUUGUUUAUGGGAGAGCAGAUAUAGCAGUUGCUCCACUUACUAUAACACUGGUACGUGAAGAAGUUAUAGACUUUUCAAAACCCUUCAUGAGUUUGGGAAUCUCCAUAAUGAUAAAGAAGCCACAAAAGUCUAAACCAGGAGUGUUCUCAUUUUUGGAUCCAUUGGCCUAUGAAAUUUGGAUGUGUAUAGUCUUUGCCUAUAUUGGAGUCAGCGUAGUGCUUUUCCUAGUCAGCAGGUUCAGUCCCUAUGAGUGGCAUUUGGAGGACAGUGAUGAAGGACGUGAUGCCCAGAACCCCCCUGAUCCUCCGAAUGAAUUUGGAAUAUUUAACAGCCUCUGGUUUUCUUUGGGUGCCUUUAUGCAGCAAGGAUGCGAUAUUUCGCCAAGAUCCCUUUCUGGGCGAAUUGUGGGAGGUGUGUGGUGGUUCUUCACACUGAUUAUUAUUUCGUCCUACACUGCCAACCUUGCUGCAUUUCUGACCGUGGAGAGAAUGGUAUCACCUAUUGAAAGUGCAGAGGAUCUUGCCAAGCAAACGGAAAUUGCUUAUGGAACACUGGAUUCGGGAUCUACAAAGGAAUUCUUCAGAAGAUCAAAAAUAGCAGUGUAUGAAAAAAUGUGGUCAUACAUGAAAUCUGCAGAACCGUCAGUGUUUACCAAAACAACAAAUGAUGGUGUUGCCAGGGUUCGAAAAUCUAAAGGAAAGUUUGCCUUCCUGCUAGAGUCGACAAUGAAUGAGUACAUUGAACAGCGGAAACCUUGUGACACCAUGAAAGUGGGUGGAAACCUUGACUCCAAAGGCUAUGGAGUGGCGACACCAAAAGGCUCAGCAUUAAGAAGUGCUGUUAACCUGGCAGUAUUAAAACUGAAUGAGCAAGGCCUCUUGGACAAAUUGAAAAACAAAUGGUGGUACGACAAAGGAGAGUGCGGCAGCGGGGGAGGUGACUCCAAGGACAAAACCAGUGCCUUGAGCCUCAGCAAUGUUGCAGGAGUUUUUUAUAUUCUGGUUGGGGGUCUUGGUCUUGCCAUGAUGGUUGCAUUAAUAGAAUUCUGCUACAAAUCAAGGGCAGAGACUAAACGAAUGAAACUUGCAAAGAAUACUCAGGUGUAUAAACCUCCUCCAGCAGCAAGCACCCAGAACUACGCAACAUAUCGAGAAGGUUACAAUGUCUAUGGAACAGAAAGUGUUAAAAUCUAGGGAGUUGUCUUCAGAAUGAAGGUAUACAGAAUAAGACCAUCAUUCAAUAGGUGCAGUGGAAGUGAAAGCUGUGUCAUUUGCCCUGAUAACCUGGACUUAAUUGCACACUAUACCAGGUGUCAGGUAUGGCAUAAGAAGUACUUAUGGUGUGACUGACUUUUCACUGACAAGAACUGAAACUUUCCUUCAGUGCCUUAAGGAAACCUGAGAGAUUUAUAACAAUGCAACUAUCACAGUAAUAUUCAUGCUUUGCUCCGAAAAAAAGUAUGGCUUGGAGAAUAAAAGUUUUGUAAUUUAUUUUUCCCAAGCUGCAAUCACUACAGCAAAAUGUAUCAUUUGACAACUACUGCAAGUACAUCUGAAGAUUCAUCAGCCAUCUUCAUUCCCUACUAACUUCUGCUAGCCCAACUUCAUUCAUAAGUUUCUAAAUAAUAGCUAUUUCUAACCAGAUAUAAUCUGAUUGUUAGAUGCUUUGUUGUUUCAUCUUUGCUGUCACUGAGUAAAUUUAACCUGUCACUUUGUCGGAUAACCCACCACAUGAACUCAUUAAAUAUAGUCAUUUUUUUAACCCCCUUGAUAUUUGUGCUUUGAAUUAAGAAAUAAGUAAACACGGUUGCCUAUCUGAAAAGUUAUCCACAACAGCCAUUGUAGUGGAAAUAAAUCAUUGUUAUGAGCAUCACAGAACAAGUUGUUAGUGGUAUGAAGGUAUAUUAUUAUAAACAUAUAUUUUGAUAAUCAGGUCUUCUUUAUUCUGCAUAAAUAGACAGCUAAAAGUCAUUAUUUAAAAACCUUUAUGCCAGACAAAUGCUUUACAUUUUAGAAGUAUAUUUUUCUUUAGUCUUCAAGUAGAUAUUUUUUAAAUGGAAAUAAACUGUACUGAAAUAUUAAUAUACAAGUCAGACACAUCCGAUAUAUUAGCACAAAUGAAAACUUCUCCAAAAUUUACUAGCAUUUCACACAGAAUAAUGUAUGACAAAUCAGUAGUCUCACAAAAUAUUUUAGCUGCAGGUCACAUUAUAUAUAUAUAUAUAUAUAUAUAUAUAUAUAUAUAUAUAUAUAUAUAUAUAUGCUAUAUAAUUUUGGUAUGAACCAUGCAGUGUUUGUUAAAUGCACAAAUAUUUAAAAUUCAGCAUAUACUCUUUCUCAGAUUAAUCACUGGCCAUAUAACCACAUGAACUUUAUUUUAUCUACAAUUAUCUCGACUGUGAGUAAUUAGAGAAAAAGAUGUGAUAUCUGGAAAACUGUGACCAUUUCAGAAGUAUGGCAAUCUUUCAUUAAUUAUGGCCGUCAAGUACACAACAUUUAACUGUUUGAGCAUUUUGUAAGGCCUUUCUUGGAUACAAAUGAUUAAAUAUGCCCAGUAAUAUAAUGCUAACAGCAGGUACCAAGAAUUAAUUAAUGUUUUUUCCUGAUAUCUAAAGCAGAUUGUCUGUCAGAAAGCUACUUUGAUGAUGCCUUUUCUGAAGAAAAAAAGAAAAACAUUAAUUGUCAUUUACAGAAACAGACUGUUCACAAGGAACAUCUGCAUAUUAAUUAGCUUAACUAUGGCAGCAUAUGGUUUCUGCUAUUUAAUAAACUGACAAUGUUAUUCUGAGGAAGGUCAUUGAAAUGUAACAUAUAAUGAAAAUGCAAUAUCCAUUAAAAGCUUUACUAGCCCUUUCAGUUUCUAUCUUCAGAAUGGCAAAUUAACCUUCUUUGAUCAUAAAAAUACAUUAAUAGAGACAAAAGGCCUUCCUUCUUUCACAUUUCUUACAUCUUUAAAUUUUGCUGGAUGCUCAUUUUUAAGUGUUCAUUUACAAUUAUAACAUCUGUGCAGAAAAUGCUGCAAGCAGCAAACAGAAUAAGAUAAAUGUGAGGGGUCAGCACUUAAAAGAGGACAGCACAGAGAAAACUGCUGACCCCUUUUCAUUCUCUAAGAAACUGUGACUUCUCCAUCCAUAGUUUAGUGAUGGCCUAGUAAGAGAGGACAGUUGCUCUGCAAAUAAAAUUGUAUAAAAAUUGAUUUUCUAAGGGACUGUAUAAACUGAAAUGAUGUAUGUUUGUCAAAUGAUGUCAAAUUUUUAAGAGUGAAUACUUCACAGAAGUGAUGAGGUUCAAUUUAUUUUCUUUUAUAAAACUUGCAUGUAAAAAGUGUUGAUUGCUUAACAAUUCCUGCUAUUAACUUCAGGCUGUAGGAGUUCAACAGUAGUCACCUGAGGAAUAUUGUUUUGUUGAAACUGCACUUCAGCGAACAGAAAAAUUGCCAAGCGAGCUAGCAACUGUUAAAGCGUAAAAACUGCAUGUGUGGGCAUAAAUUAUUGAACCUCAUUAAUGAGGUGUUGUACAAAGAAUUUUAAUACAUUUUGUAAAUAAAGUGUACAGAGAAAAGCCA